CAAUACUAUACAACUAUUGAAAAUUCUUUCCUCAACUAAAAGAUCCUCCUCACUUCUCUCAUAUCCCUAAAAUGCAAUCCUUUCCUUCACUCCACACCUAUUCAUACUUCCUCAUUCUUUUCUUCACCACUUUCCUUCAUCACUCCAACUCACACUCUCAACCAAACCAUUUCAAAACCUCUCAAGAACACUCUCAAAAACAAACUCACCUAAAUGGACCCCACCAAGAAUACAUAGAAGUAAGUUACCCACCCCCCAUACACCAACCAACACCAUCAUGUUCUCAUCAAAUCCUUCACCACACCUUUGCAAACACUAUCAACACCCCCCCUUUUUCCAUACCAUACUCCCCACCUUUCAAUUGUCCUCCACCAUGGACACGUGUCCUCCUUCAUUUCCACGCCAAAACCAAAGACCAACAAUACGACCGUAUUGCCGCCAUUUGGCUCGCCGGAGUUGAAAUUCUCCGAACAAGCACCGCUCAACCUCCUAAUUCUAAAAUCUUCUGGAAUGUUCGGAAAGAUAUUACUAAAUACACCUCCCUACUUACUAAAUCAAACCUUGACCUUACCAUGAUGCUUGAAAAUAUCGUUAACGCUGAACUCACUGGCGUUUUUCAAGUUACCGUUACUCUUUUGUAUUAUUACAAAAACACCGUUAGGGUUCCGUUUAAUCAAAGUUCAGAUUCAAUUUCAAUAUCAGAAUCAAAAUCUAGAACAGGGUCAAGGUCUCUUGUGAGUGAAUUACAAGAAGUACCAGAUUCUAGGGUUUUGAAUGAAUUGCCAGCUGAUUUGAUUAUUCCGAUAUCUGGUGAUGGAAAACAAGGGUUUUGGUUUAGGUUGGAGAAAGAAAAGGAUUUGAAGAAAAGUAGAAUUCGAAUUCCGCGGAAUACUUUCAAAGCUGUUAUUGAAUUGUAUGUUUCUUUUCAUGGAAAUGAUGAAUUUUGGUAUUCGAAUCCACCGAAUUCGUAUAUUACAACGAAUGGUUUGAAUACAGGGAGAGGGAAUGGUGCUUAUAGGGAGGUUUAUGUAACAAUUGAUGGCGAGGUUGUUGGAUCGGAGAUUCCUUUUCCGGUGAUUUUCACCGGUGGAAUUAAUCCGCUAUUUUGGGAACCAAUUGUUGCAAUUGGUGCUUUUAAUCUUCCUUCGUAUGAUAUCGAAUUGACACCGUUUUUAGGUAAGAUUCUCGAUGGAAGAAGACAUGUUUUUGGAAUUGGAGUGACUAAAGGAUUAUCAUUUUGGCUUGUGAAUGCAAAUUUGCAUCUUUGGUUAGAUCGCGAAUCAUCGAUAGUUCGCGCGAAUCGAGUUAUUGGUCAUAGUCCGACAACCGAUGUUCAACGUGCAGAAGAGUUUACAGGACUUGAUGGUGAGUUUCAGGUGAUAGCAGGGAAGGAUACAAUGACUACAGGAUGGGUUUUAACGAGUUCCGGUAACAUCACCACGGUUGUAAUGAAGGGUUUUACUUUUAGCAAUGUUAUAAAGUUUAAGCAAAAUGGAACUUAUAAGAUGGUUAAGCAGAAAUUUAAAUUCAAGAAGAAAGUUAAAGUGUUUGAUAAUAAAGGUGAAAUGAUUUCUAAGUUCAAAGUUAAGAGAAAGUAUCCGUUAAGAGUUAUUACUGUGACAGAACCUUAUGGUUUGGAUGAUAGAUACAAUCUUAUUACUAAUUUAACUCAUGGUUUCAAUGAGAGGUAUGAAGGUAAGGGAUUCAUACAUUCAAUUAGUAAUGUUCAAGAAUCUAAGGGAUGGAUUAAUGUGAUGGGUCAUUCUGUUAUUAGUGGUCAUGGAAGUACCAAGCAAAAUUAUAGUCAUGUUGAUAAGAUUAAUUGUUAUAAUAGGAAUGUUGCAUCUGAUCAUGGCAGGAUUGUUAGUGACAGUUCAAAUUUUAUUUGUGAAAAUUCCUUGUAAUUUCUUUUGGAACAAGUACUUAUUUGUGUAGUUUCCUAUUUAA